AUGAUAAAGGUGGAGGCCGCUGGCAGCUCAUCGGCGCGCGCGCCCUCGUUGCCGACGCACACACACGUGGAGACUCGCAUGCUUGGCCAGCUUCCUUCGCAGAUGGCGAGCUCCUCGAUCGAGGCAUGGUGUGACGGUGUCCAGUGCCUCACGGAGGAGUACUUCUCCCGUCUUGGUGGGGUUGUUGUAGCGCACCUAGGCAUGCGCGCUCAGAGUAUACAGGACCAGCGCAGUAGCGGCGGCCGCGGCGCGGCAGAGAAGCGCGAAAUCAUGAGCAAGCUGCAAAGCGAGCACGAGGAAAAUUUGGCGCUGGCUGUGCCGGCGACAGACAUCGAAGCGACGGAAAUGGCGCUGCUCCAGCAGCUGUGGACGCACCAUCAGGUGCAGCAGAAGCGUAAGAGACCAGUGGCGGUGGACGAUGGAACUGAAAAGGAAGACCGUCCGAGCGGCGCAUCACGAGGCGGGGCAUCGACACCGGAUGCAGUAGCAGAAGAAGCCCUCACCACACGUGAUGGGGCAUCUUGCAUUCGGCCUCCAUCUUCCUCCGCGGCAGCGGCAGCACCCGAGGACGCUGCAUCGAGUGUCCUGUGUGACACGGAGGGAAACCCGGUCCUGACGACGCAGCAGCACCCGGCGUCCGAGUCGGCUGCUCGCAUUCCCGCGGAUCUGCUGGAGCUCUUUCGCACUGCGCAGGCGCUGCACUCCGCCGCCUCGGGCAGCACCGGGGCACCGCCGCGGGCAACCCCGUCUGAGGAGGCUGCGGCAGCAGGAGAAAGCCCCUUCGACGCCACCACAGACCGUCUAUCUCGAGUGCCAGUGGUGCUGAGCGAGGAGGAGAAUGCGCAGGCCUCCGCGAUGGCGCUCUUGUGUUUUCGCUACUUCUACAGCUCGAAUUCGACGCUGGCAUCACCGGUGGAAGCAGCCGCCCCGCUCGUCUCGGCCACAAACCCCCCCGAGCAGCCACCGCAGCCCGCCCAUGUACGUGAAAAGCUGGCCGCCACCACUAUAGUCCCGAAGCAGAAGCGGAAGCUCAUUACGAAGCCUGGCAGCUUGGACCCUGCUGAGCACCAGCACCAGCCAUCACCAUCACCCAUGGCAUCCUCCACACCGGCUUAUGCAGCGGAUCGCCUGAGGGCAGAGUUGGCUUCGCUGUUUCCGCAGCAGGCACAGCGGGUGCGGGGCGACUUCUCCUGUGGCCUUCCCCCACAGCGCGCCUUCUUCACGGGCGCCUACACGUCCGUCGACGCAGACGCCGCCGCGGAGAAGUCGCGGCCAGAGAGCAAAGGUCGCAACAACCACGUCGCCUUCCUUAACGCGGACCGGACAAGUGACGGGGCUCACGGGGCAGGCGGUCGGCUUCCUCUCACCAACCCCACGGUGGGGAGCCCCUCCACGGAGGACGCAUACAACAGCGGCGCCUCCCGCAGCAAAGGUGCGCUCAAGCUGCCGCUGCUAAACUCGUAUGCAUCCCCCGCGCCGGCAGGCGAGCGUCCGCCUUCCGCCGCUGCCUCCUCUCUUCCGACACCACCCACCACAACCACAGCAGCAGCAGCGGGGACGCCGCAUGCUAGUGACCAAUGCCCGGUACUUCCUGCUCUGGCUCCCGGUACUACCGCGGCGCCGAGAAGCGUUACGACCACGACAGCAGUCCCAGCAUCAGAAACGGCAGCGUCAGCACAGAAGCACGGCAGCGGCACUAACAAAGCGAAGAAAAGAGGCGGCAGCGGGCAGCUCCGCCGUGCGCCGCGGCUCCUGCCCAAGUCUGUGGUCCUGCCGCCGAACUACAGUGGCGUUCACGGUGAGCAGCUCACGAUGACGCAGCUGGAGCAGCUCGUGACAAGUGUUUCAGAAGAUGGCGCGGUGGCGGAGGCGGAUGUGAAGCGCCAGUGCGACGCUGUGGAUGCUGCGGCAGAGGAGGUGUACCGUCUGCAACAGGCCGUGGCGCGUGUGCUGCUGGAGAAUAUACAGCUGGAGAAGGACAUUCAUACCCUGACGGCCACAUCACACGCAUGCGCGGUGGGGGAUGAGGAUGGCGAUGCGGACGAGGCUGGCCGGGGGACAGACGCCGCUGCAGCGGUGAAGGGACGGCACCACAGCGACGGUAACAAGACCCGUGUCCGCAUGGGGGCGAUGUCGUGCUUCUCUGCUUCGACCCCCUCCUCAGUAUCCGCGGGCCACCUCUCUGCAGAGAAGCGCAAGCGACAGCUCACUCUGUCACCUGCGCCGAUGCCCCUGCCGCAUCCAAAAUGCGCACUCACCGCCGCCUCCCUCCUUCUGCAUGCCCCCGGGGAGAAGAAGGCACGGCCGCCGGUCUCAGCGGGAGCGGCAGCAGUGCCACAGCCGUGGCCGUGGAGACAGGAAAGUCCUCCGGCGGAAAAGACAAGGCUGAGCCCGAAGAGCUCCUGCAAGCACAAGACACGCGCCGCCGUGUCUCCCAUCGCCACUGCGGCCGAGGGGGUGGCGGCGGACGGGCAGCAGGACCCGCGCACAAUCCUGAAGGAGCUCCGCAGUGCCAUCGCGAGUCGCGAGGCGGAAAAGGCGCAGACACUCGCCGAGAUCUAUGCCCUCUCGAGCCGCGUCACCCGCCACGACACACUUUUGCAUGCCGUGGCGGAGUACUGGCGACGCAAUGCUGCCGUGAUGAAGCGGCAGCACUUUGCUGUGCAGUCGCAGCCGAAGCAGUCCAUGUCGUCGGGGACCAUAACCCGGCUUGGCGAUGGUGGCGAUGGGCGGGCCUCCGAGAACGCCGUUGGGACCAUCUCCUCAGCGUACCUGUUCAAUGCCUCAGACGGGACGCAUGGCGUUGUCCCUCAAGCCAACAGCAGCAACAGUGGGCAUUCAACCUCAAGCCACAAGUGUAGCCAUAGCACCGUCAUCACCGCCACCAUGAGCCUGUCAGGACAGAUGACGAACCUGGACGGGUCACCGUCGCAGGUGCAGCGGGCCCUCGCGCAGAUGGAGGCCCUCUCACCAACCCCGCUGAGCAGCACCCCCUCCUUCGACCUACGCAUCACCUCAUCCGUACCAAGCGCACUCUCACCACCGCUGCAGAUGCGGCCGCUAGUGCGACGGCAGAUCAUUCCCCCGCGCCAACGUGCUCAGGAGAGCGACUCAGGGCCGAAUAGGCCAGACGCCAUCCACACCACUCUCAGUGGUGCAACUGGUGCUGCAGCCGAGGUGGAGAGCACGCCGGUGCGAGUCCGAGUGGGCGUUCACGUGACGCUGCCGAUGGAGGACGAGCUUGGUGGCAGGCUGCAGCGAAACGUGGUCACAUGGCCUCGGGAGGGCCCCACCGCCGCUUCUGCUGCAGUCGUCCCAUCUUCGGCUCUCACGGACACCGACACCACGGCCACGACGUUCAUCAGAUCCCCCGAGUCCGUGUUGGACACGAUGGGCAGGCCGCCGAGCGGCUCCCCCGCCUUCUUCACCGUCGGAGCGCCACCAGUCCUGAAGCAAGAGCAGCGUAAGAACGAGCAUGGGCUUGCUGCGUCGGCGGUAGCAGUGGACCUGUUCAACAACAGCCCUCGACGCUGGCCAGGCAACCUCUUGGCAUCCCCACUGGGCUUCACCCAAGUCUACGACAAAGAGGCAGGAGAGGACGACGAUGACGUGUGCGGCGGUGGCAGCUUCCCGACCACCCCUCUGCACCCCAGCCGCAGUACCACAGCAAACAACAGCCACAACUACGCCAUCGGCGGCAUGCGGCGCGGGGAUGAAGAUGUCCUGGAUCGUGGAUCGUGGCGCACCAUACCGGCCCUUCAGCUGGAGAACGUGGACGAGAUUGCAGAGUUCAUCUACAGCGUCUUCGAGCGUCCGUAA